AUGGAUGAGGAACAUCUUCAUGAUGAUCUGCGUGUUUUUAAAGACAGAAGCUUCAUCCAGCAGAGGCUGAGAUCCUUCUUCACUGUCUACUUGCUCUUGGGUGUCUCCUUCUUCUUCAUCUUCACCCUCUUCGCCGUGUCCCUCUCCAAAGUUUCCGCCGUUUCCUCCAAACUCAACGAGGUGAAACCAGAACCAAACCACAACUUUUCCAACCGGGAUCUUCUCCUGUUUCCCUGCGGCCCAGAUUCCAGGCAAUGGGAAUAUUUUGAUGGGAAAUGUUACUACUUCUCCCUGAGCAAAACCAGCUGGAACAAAGCCAAGGCUCAAUGUGAGGAGAUGCAUUCCCACCUGACCAUCAUCAACAGCUUCUCCAAGCAGAACUUCCUGAUGUUCCGGACACGGAACGAGCGGUUCUGGAUCGGCCUGACGGACCAGGAUGAGGAGGGGCAGUGGAAAUGGAUCGAUGGCACCGACUGCAACAGCAGCUUCAU